AACACCAGUAUCAUCGACAACUACCUGUUUCCUCCCCGUAAAGGCUCCUUUCCUUCUUAACAAAGGCUUAUUUCCAAGUAUCGAAUCUGUCUCAUUCACCUGAAGGCACAUGGGAUCCGAACAAUCUUCAACUGUGUACCCACGCUACACUGUCAUAUCUGGAUUGAGUUCAAGUACGAGGACGAACGAAGCGAAUGAGCAUGAAGAUCACAUCCCAUCUGACGACGAAGUCAUCUCUGUUAAACGUACUCUGAACAACUACCUCCCUGUCGAGAUUAUCGAUGAUAUACUCGACUUUGCUCAGUACUGGUCGUGUAUCCGCGAAAGGCGCCGCAUACAGGUGCGCGCUGCAGCUGUUCCGACCGGAGAGACAUUUCCAAAGGCCGACUGGUGUUAUAUCGUCUCCCCUCCUGUCCCCCAAGACGCCAAAGUGCGUUCGGUGAAGUUUGUCAUUGAGAGCUGUGACCAGGGUUAUGGAGGAGAACCAGAGCACCGGGGGACCUACGAGGGGUCAUGGACCUGGUUUGAGGCCGCAAUAAUAUGCGGUGAACCGUGGUGGCUUAGCGAGGUCCUGAGGAUGCCUGUAGAUCUGUACCGGGAGGGCUUAGAGUUCCCGGAGGAUGUGCGCAGUGCAGCACGAGCCGCUGAAGUACGAUCUCGCGAGGAGGAGGGAAGCAGAUGGCACGUCGGAGUAAAUGUUACUGCCCAAGGGUUUUACAAGGAACACACGAUUAUCUGGCCACGUACAAAUGAAAAGACUAAGCAACGAACUAUGAGAGGUCUAGUGGGUCUCUCACACGAGUUCGUGAGGCUACUUGAGCCAGGAGAUAGGGUCGCGUUGAUGGCCAUGGCGAUGUUUCCUGCAUGGAUUAAUAAAGUCAAAGGUGCCUCGAUAGAUGUAUUCUAUACUCUAUGACAACUUCGGAACCCCCGUUAACCCGAGCAGGUGCUUAUCAGCAGUCCCUGAAGAGGCGGUCAAAUUGUUCGAUCGACGACAUAUGGCGUCGAGAUAAAAAUACCUCCCUUCAUUAUGGGUUCCAUGCUGUCUCGGUCUCGUAUAGACAACAGUUCUUGGAUGGCGCGGAACUUGCUGAGUGUUGUGGUACCUGGCGGAUUUGUCGAUUUCUGCUGCGAUCCCCG